AAUCGGACUCUAACGAUCAAUUAUCAACUGAACGAGCGAGAUUUAUGACCGAACCAUGGCAAACAACUGCUCCUACACUCCACUGGCAAAUGAAAUGCUGGAAAAUCUUUUAGAGGACAACCCUCAGAUGCUACCGAUCUUAAUCACAUGUAGUAUCAUCACAUUGAUAGAAGUGAUUCUAUUCUUCGAAGCUUGGCUGUGGGUGUUAAGGUAUAUACCCUAUAGUGAUCGACGAACAAGUAUUGUCUGGCUUAUAGGCAUCUAUCCGGUUUUCUGUGCAACAUGUUUACUCGGUCUUUACAUCCCAAGGGCAGCUGGAUUAUGUACUCUCACUGGAACAGCUUUUUUCGCCGUCUGCCUUUACCAGUUCAUCACCUUGAUUGUUGACUAUUUCGGUGGUCUCGAUGCCAUGAUCAUUACCAUGAAUGGAACAAGGUUUUCUCUCGCUAGACCACCACUGUUAUGUCUGUUCCAGUGCUUACCAAAAUUCGAAAUGACAAGGAGAAACUACCGUAUAUUGGAGACGUGUGUUCUACAGACUGCUAUCAUUAGACCUGUUAUUCUCUUCAUCACGGAGGUACUCAAAAUCGAUGGCUCACUCAAUGAAAACCCGGACGUCGCCGCGACUACCACGCUCAUAUUAAACUGCAUCACACUAGUAUCGGCCAUCUUUGCUGUCUCAGCCCUCAUCGUUUUCUUCUCUGCCAGUAAAAACUUUCUGAAACCAUACAGAAUCCAAAUCAAGUUUCUGUGUGUGCAGACGGCUCUCAUUCUCAGCAACGUCCAAUCCGUUCUCCUCAUCAUCCUCACUCGAUUCGACGUCAUCAAGUGCAAUAAACCGUUCGACACGCCCGACAGGGGAUACCAGUGGCAUUGUUUCCUCCUGACCGUAGAGAGUGCCAUCAUGUUCAUACCAACCCUUCUAAUAUUCCGCACUACCAAUGGAAAUGUUACCCGAAUCAGACGCGUUCGUCCAAGCACGUUCUCCGGUAUGAUGCCAAGCGAUGGGAUACCAAAUGAAAAUGCUCCUUUACUACAUCCUAAAGAUCGUUCGAAAUCGUUCGGUGUGGUCAAGGAGUUAUGACGUCAAAAGAACGUUAAGAAAGCUAAGAAAAUUAAGAAGAUGGAAGAGAGGGGAAUCUAUUUCUACGGAGAUAUUUGAUAGUAGAAGUCUUGAAUGAAACAAUGAUUUCUGUGACGUUACAUGUAUAUCGCGUGUUCAAUAUCGGGCGUUUGGUAGAGAAACAGUACCUUUGAUGUUAGGCAUCUUCACAAUCUGCAAAACUACAUUAUUUCCGGGCUUUCUCAUAAACCUUGUUAUCAUUAACAAGUUGCAAUAACUGUUACAAGCUACUGUAAUCGUGGCGAC